GCCCUCCCUCUCUCUCGCUAUGUGUCGCCUUCUGUUCGGUUGUUGCAUGGAAUGGCAGUCAGGUUAGUGAUGGAGGUUUGGAGUUCUACAGCACCGGUUGAAAAGUGACUCCGUUCACUUUGUUAGAUUGGUUACCGCUAGGAUAAUAACGGUAAAACACAUCUAGGAUGGAGACGGUUGAGCAGCUUGUCUCGUUUAACCAUAUCCAAAUACAGCUAAGUGGAGGCUCGCCUUGGGGGUUUACGCUGAAAGGAGGUCUUGAGCACGGAGAACCGCUUAUCAUCACUAAAAUUGAGGAAGGUGGUAGGGCGGAGCAGUGUAAGAAGCUGAGGGUGGGUGAUGAGUUGGUCAAUAUAAACGGAUCCGCCCUGUACGGUUCAAGACAGGAAGCCCUUAUCCUCAUUAAAGGGUCUUUCCGGAAACUGACGAUCGUUGUACGCAGACGCAGCAUCCCUGUGAUUAGGCCUCACUCCUGGCACCUGGCCAAGCCAUCGACAUCAGAGUCCUCCCCAAUUUCAACCCCCGUCCUCCCUCCCCCCUCCUGUGAACCCCUCCCUCCUCCCCCUCCUGUGCCCCCCUCUGCCAUGCAGCUCCACCCUGGGCCCCACACACUACCCUGGCACUCUACAGCCGACAGCAGUGAUCUGUCUAUCCAGUGGAACCAGUUAUCCAGACACUACUCAACAGAUCGAAGCAGUUCCCUAGGUAGCAUGGAGAGCUUAGAUCCUCCUAGUAGCCAAGUGUAUUACGAUUCCCAUAAUUCCCCAGUGGACCCAGCCAUCUUCAACAAUAAGAGAGAAUACGAAUCACACAAUUCGCCAGUGGACCCUGCUAUAUUCAACAAUAAAAGAGACUCUGCCUAUAGCUCUUUCUCAGCGAGUUCUAAUACAUCAGACUAUACUGUCUCACUGAGGCCUGGUGAGGCCUGUUCUAUGGAAAAUAUUCUCCAGAGCCUGGGACCAGGGGGACCUGUUUGCCGGGGUGACGCCUAUGGUGAUGCACCAUCCCUAAGGAGGGAAUCAGACGAGGCCAAGGAUGACACAGGGACUUCAGGCCUUGCCUUAAAGUCUAAGUCGCUGAUCAGGCCACGGGUGUGGCAGUCAGAAGCAAAGGAGCGGCCUUCUUCAUGCUGUUAUGAGGAGGAGAGGAAAGAGUUCACAGGGGAGAGGGGCAGAGAAGAAGGGGAAAAGGGAGUUUCAAGUCCCCCUGAGCCCCCGACCAGGAAAGAUAGUUUCAGGGCCACCAGGGGUCGCUCAGGAAUCACAGGUGUCAAAGAUCAACGAUGCAUAUCCGCCCCUGUUGAAAUUCCCAGCCUCUCUUGUUGCCAUACCGACAACAAGGCGGAUGACGACAGUCCUCAGACCAUUCCUAGCGUUCAGUGCCGGAAAGCGCAUCCCACUCCUUGCGAGACCCAAAAGACAGAAGGGGACCUGGGAAAAAGAAAUGGGAAUAGGGUUGAGAAUUUCAAAGGGGAUUCCUUGGAGCAGUACUACAGCCUCAUCUCCAAGAAAAAAGGAUCCCGUGCGCACAGAAAACCUGAGAGCCACCAAGACCCCCUCAACCUCCCUUCCCCAGAAAGAAACUGCAAUUCCCCCAUUCCUAGCACCAGCCCCCUACCUCCACACACUCCCAUAGAGCCCGACACACCAGGGGAGCCCAACCACCUACCCCCCCAGAACAAACAUUCCUCAUCGGUUCUACACAGGCACAGUGCCCCUGAGAAACUGUUGUCUCAGCUACGUCUGCUAGAGUUCUCCAGUGAUCCCUCGAAACAUUCAGACCCUAGUUCCGUCCUCCCUUCCAGCUCCCUAUGGUCCCACUCCCCCCUCCAUCCCAACAAGGAUGACCUAGGAGAGGAACAUCGCAACCAGGGGAUGUGGGGAGGGAGCAGAUGCUCUACUCCAGGAUCGGUGGACAUCGAUCGGGUUGGUGAAGUCGGGGAGAGUUUGGAGCUGGUGGCGGCUGCUGUCCUCUCCCCCAUUCAGGUCCAGCAUCCCUGGGGUAGGUCAGUGAGUGUUCCAGGGACAGGGGAGCCCUCCAGUGGUCCAACCAUGCAAGAGGUGAGCUCUGAGCGGGUUCGAGAGAAGGAGUUUGUGCCUCUAAGUGUUGCAGCAAGUGUGGACAGCUUACUCUUGGAAAAUCGAAGAGGAGGGGGAGAAGGAGGAGUAGGAAGGGAUGACAAUGAAGGAGAAGUGCUGAUUAAGAAACCCAGGAGCCACCGUUCAUCACGCACACGGCGCCGGAGUGAACGCUUUGCCACAAACCUCCGCAACGAGAUCCAGCGCAAGAAAGCCCAGCUGUCAAAGGGCAAAGGCCCAGCAGGCCUGCUCUACGGUGGUGAGACAGUUGAGGAAGAGGGGGGUCCUGAGCCUCAGGACUCCCAGGGGGAAGAAGCGGACAACCCUGAUCCGUCUUCCCAGGAGAGGAGUUCCCAAGGCAGAUCUGCUUCAGCCGACACUAGCCUCUCAACUCCAGCCCCCAGAAGCCAGAAAAGACUACCCUCCGCUUUGACGCCCCAGGUUCACCAGCCAUCCCCAAUUUCAGCUCUGCCAUCCACCAGGGAUGAAGACCCUGGUCACCCAGAAAAUGAAUACCAAGCUACAGACCCACCCAGGACAACACAGAAGUUUGACCCAAUGGUACGCAGCUGCCAUUUGGAUGCCCAGGUUGUAGAAGAGCCAGCUCCAGCUGGAAAGGCCCGGCGAUGGAGGUGGACACCUGAACACAAACUCCAACCGGAAAUGGACACCGACCAACGAGGGGAGAAGGUCUCAGGGAGCUUGGGGGUGUCAGGACGAGGCAGGGCCUCUUCCACCUCCUCUGCCUCCUCUUGUUCUUCUUCCACCAUCCGUUCGUCCCGUACUGAGGAGAACGACAUUUUGCCUUUUGCAGACCGCUGCAAGUUCUUUGAGGAGACUAGCCGGAGUGUGUCAGUGUCAAACCUGCCAGGUUUGACGAGUCGUAAGCAGAGGCCAGAGAGACACGGGAGGCAGCCUUAUCAGUCUGUCCAAGCUCAGAGGAGGUACUCCUACCAGGGGGGAAUCCAGCAAGAAACUCUACUGUCCAUGAAUACCACAGAGGCCAAUAGACAUUCAGCUAGAGGCAACAGGGAGGAGCGAGAGAGAGAAGAGAGGGAAAUGGAGAGAGAGAGGGACAGGGAGGAGAGAGAGAGGGACAGGGAGAUGGCUAGAGAGAGGGAGCGGGAAAGAGUUGAGAGGACCAGGGAGAGGGAGGUGAGGGAACAAGAGGAAAGGAUAAGGCAGAGAGAGAUGGAGAAGAAGGAGGAGGAGAGACAACGAGAGGAGGGGGCUAGGCUGAGAGAGAUGGAGGAGGAGAGACAGCGAGAGGAGAGGGCUAGGCUGAGAGAGAUGGAGGAGGAGAGACAACGAGAGGAGGGGGCUAGGCUGAGAAAGAAGGAGGAGGAGGAGAGACAACGAGAGGAGGGGGCUAGGCUGAGAAAGAAGGAGGAGGAGGAGAGACAACGAGAGGAGGGGGCUAGGCUGAGAAAGAAGGAGGAGGAGGAGAGACAACGAGAGGAGGGGGCUAGGCUGAGAGAGAAGGAGGAGAGACAACGAGAGGAGGGGGCUAGGCUGAGAGAGAAGGAGGAGAGACAACGAGAGGAGGGGGCUAGGCUGAGAGAGGAGGAGGAGGAGAGACAACGAGAGGAGGGGGCUAGGCUGAGAGAGAAGGAGGAGGAGAGACAACGAGAGGAGAGGGCUAGGCUAAGACAACUCGAAAUGGAGAGAGAAAGAGAGAGGGAGAUUGAGCUGGAGAGAGAACGGGAGAGGAACAAAGAGAGACAAAAAGAUCGAGAGGAGAAGGCCCUGCGUUCAGCUCAGGAUAUAUGUGUCAAUCACACCCAGCCCCAGGACCAUGCCUACUUCCAUCCCCAAGCCCAGAUCGAGGCCCCUCGUUCAGCCUUCCACCUGGUCAACACCCCUCUUGACCGGGACCACCAAGGGCACCCACCACGGAGCUACACACCAACAGAGGCGUAUCCUGCGGUGUCCCGACCAUUACCGCGUGGACAGACUCAGAUCAACAGGAAAUUCAGCCUGACCGAGAGGGACAACACGCGGUACAGACGUGAUUCUGCCACCAGGCCACCCGAUGGGGCUAUAACAUCAUAUCACCAGCCAGUCUCCCAGAGUGGAGGUGAUUGGAGUGGCCAGCAGUCUGCUUGUGGUAUGGGUGACGAGGCCCAUCAUCAGACAUCUGUGGUGGUUAAAUCGUCAUCACUGCUUAGAAGCAGGGCCAUGUCUGAAAAUGAUCUACGCUUUGAAUCCACUUAUCGGCGUGCUUCACCCUCAGCUGCAACGGCGGAACCGUUGUCUGUGCUGGAGGAAGGAGGUGGGUUCAGAGGUGAUAGAGGAAGAGUUAACAUCAAGAAGGCUCCUCCCCCUCCAAGGCCGCCUCCCCCAAAAUGGGAGCAGUUUCACCGUAGGAGAACCUCCCACCACACACUCUUUGCCUCCCCUACUCUCUUUUCUACCUCUGUUUCUUCACCUGUCCAUCUGUUGGCAAACCCCACCCCCCCUCCUCUCCCUCUCAUUCCACCAGAGGGUCCUGCCUCUUACCCCUCAUGUCACCCCGAAAAGACCGAAAUGACACGUCAGCGCUCCUUCAGCCUACCACCUCAGAAGGAGGAGCUAGAGGGGUGCCAGCAUUGCAGUCGGCACCAAGUCCAGGAACGCCCCUUUUCUCAAGUUCCGCCCAGUCCUAGGUUUGCACGUAUGGCCUUCCGGCCAGUGGUUGUUUCCGACAGACAGAGAGACACGCCCUUUCACUUCAACGACACACAGCCACCUCUGCUGCUGUCAGACAGCUGUGCUAGGUUAUGCCACACGGAUGACCAAGAUCAUCCUGCUGUUUUGAAACCCACCUCCCAGAGGCAGCAAGACACUGGGGCUGAUUGGGAGAGAACUCCAUCUCCCAGAGUACAUAGGGCCUCAGGCCUCGCCACCAUGGAAAAUGGUGGCAUCUUACCAGAGUCGUACUUCGCUCUGAGCUAUGAACAGCAGCAACAGUUACAACACAAUAGAAGAUUCCGGAAUCAAGUCCACAAUGAUAACAACAACAAAUUGGAACCAGACAUAUUGGAACCGGAAUCCGCUUUGAGCCCAAGCCCCGCCCAGAGCUUGGAACAGGAAGUAGACAUCCCUAUGGAAACGGACAUUGAUGAAUUCCAGGAGGAGGGGCUCCUUGAGGAUGAAGAGCCAAUCCGAACUGAGCUACAAUGCUUUGCUCUGCCAGUCAGGGUGCUAGAGACAGACAUCGACACUCUCCCUGACCAACAUGCCUCGCCAGCGGGUAGGUUGACAGCGGGGAGUGGAUCUCUGGAUGGAGAGAUGGAGGACCAGGGGAUGAGGACCAGGGAGGGACUUAUGCAGGAGCUGUUUCCCCAGAGUGGUGAAGGCGAGGCAGGCUUUGAAAACUGUAGAGGGGCCUACCGUAGUCCCAACCAGGAGCACAACACAGACAGCCUGGAUAGGCGUUCUGGCGCAAGCUCCAGUUGUUCAUCCUACUAUUCUACGUCAGCAGCCAAAGCUCAGCUGCUCAGUCAGAUGAAGGACUACUGCUCUGACACCAGAGAUACUGAUGAUGACGACGAGCUGUCUUACAAAAGACAAUUGAUGGAGAGUCUACGAAAGAAGUUGGGAGUUUUGCGAGAAGCACAGAGAGGCCUGCUGGAGGAUAUCCGGGCAAACGCACAGCUAGGAGAAGAGGUGGAGAGCUUGGUGUUAGCGGUGUGCAAGCCCAACGAGGUGGAUAAGUUCCGGAUGUUUAUCGGCGAUCUGGAUAAGGUGGUGAGCCUGCUUCUGUCUCUGUCCGGACGGCUACUGAGGGUGGAGAGCUCGCUGGACAACCUGGACACCGACACCAGGCUCCACGAGAGGCUCCCCCUCCUGGAGAAGAAGCGCCAGCUCUUGUUGCAGCUGUCAGAGGCCCAGGACCUCAAAGAACAUGUGGACCGACGGGAACAGGCUGUGGGCAGAGUGCUGGGGCGAUGCCUCUCCCCAGAACAGCACCGGGAUUACAGUCACUAUGUGAAGAUGAAGGCAGCGCUGCUGGUGGAACAAAGACAGCUAGAGGACAAGAUCCGUCUGGGAGAAGAGCAGCUCAGAGCCCUGCGGGAGAGUUUGGGACUGGGUCUAGGCAUGGGGUUAGGGAUGUCCAUUGGAUACGGCCACUACUGAAACCCCCCACCUUAAACAUGGAGAGAGGGAUGGGGUGUAGACUCGCUGAGAGGAACUGACAGAUGGAAUAAAUCGGCGGACAGCGGUGGGAUAUGUAUUGGAUUUGGUCACUUUUAAGAGAAUGCCACCCUACUCUGGCAGGUUCUUUAGGGCAGUUACUGGCUUUGGAACUGGAGUUCAGGAUGAGGACAUUCAGAGCUGUGUUGGGCUAAUGUGGUUUCUGAGCAUUUUGUGAGCAUCACUUGACCCUGUUGCAGUUGCUAAGAAUCAAUUCACACUUGGGCGGGGCUGCAUUUAUAUUGCAUAAUUUUUAUUUAACCUGUGAAUAUGUCCGGUGAAGGCAGACAUGUACUCUGUUGACACAACAACACAUCACAGACGAACAUAAUCCAGAAAGCUAAUCCGUGAAGAGUCGGCUGCUCUGUUUGUCAAUUCGGGUUUGUGGAACAUGAUUAAGUCUCCUAGACUAACCGUAAAUCAACAAUUCAUCUUUUUUGGGGUGCUUUUGGAGUCACUCAAGGGCCAGAGAUGGGAAGCCCUGGAGGAUUGGAACUGUAGGGAGGCCGUCCUCCCAGACAGGAAUGCACGAGGGUGAGGUAAAAAAGGAUGGGGGGUGUGGGGAUCAAGUUUGGGAUGCAAUAAGGGUGCUAGUACCCAGGUGCUACUCAUGACUCCAGUACAUUCACUGACACUAACACUUAAACAGUACUUCACAGAUGAGCCCAUUAAUAUAGAGAAUAUAAGAAGUCCACAAUAUUUGUCUGUUCAUGAAAUACACCCACUCUUAAGAUGUUACCUUUUGAAAAAAACAGGUUCAAAUUAAUUUAGGGUCAGGAGUCUGUCGGUUUUGUGAUAGAUUUCUUUGAUUGCCGGUCACAGAUCAAUUAGCAAUGCCCCUCACUCGGCUGUCGACGUUACCCUUCAUGGGAUGAGUCGAAUGCUCUUAGAAUGACAUGUCUAUUCUUAGAAAAACACACCUACUUCAGAUUUUACAGUGGGUGUAUCGUGUCCUUCUAAAGUGUGACCUUUUCAUCGUACACUCCAAAUACUACAAUAUGAGGCCAAAGAGGUUUUUGUGUUUGAAUAUUCAACAGGAGUGGGACAAUUAUUUAUUUAUUUAAUCUUCUCCUCUGUUGUGAAAUGACUGCAGGGAGAAUUUGGGAUGCCAGACGAGUAUUUCCAGGAGGAGUAUUAAACUGUUGGGGAGUGUGUAGGAUACAUUUACCAAAAAGCUGCUCUUUUUGUCACAAACAUUAAUGGUAAUGAUUCCACUAUUGCCAUGAUUGAAUAUAAUCUUAUUACAGAAAUCUCUACAGUAAAAGAUAAAGUUACGGAUACAGCUGCCUAUCAUGUAACACAAUCAUAUUUUAAGUCUGUUUGUGCUCUCAUGGUAACCCUGUCACAUUGGCAGUUAGCAAAAGCACAAACAGCCUGGAUAACAUUAUAAUCCAUAAGUGUGUCUUACAUUCUGGGGCUUGACAUUUUAUUGGCAAUACACGACCAGCGUAGACACUGACCCAAGGUCAGCUUAUCAUUUCUCCCACCAUGGUUGAGGUUAUAGGAUUGGGUGGGAAAAGCUGGUACCUAGAUCUGUACCUAGGAUUAACUUCAACCCGAGCCCUUACAUUACCACAGCCUGGUUUGGUGUGUGUAUAUUCACUCAUUUUGUUCAUAUGAAAUGUUUUUGUAUAGAAGUGAUAUUCAUUUUUUUGUUAUAACUGGAAUCCAUCCUUGUAAAUAAGGAGAAGUUAUGCCGUGAGGUGUGAGGUUAUGUGAAUUAUAUAUCAUCAAUCCCCAUGUUACCUAUAUGUCAAAGUUCAUAAAAAUACAAUACAUGCAAUAAAUGAAUCAAAUAAGACACUUUAUUGGCUGUCUAACCAAAACUUGCAUGAACACGGACACAUACACACACACACACAAUGCUGCUUCAUUGAUUAAAUAUUAUCCAAUAAGAGGCUGACGCUGACCGUAUAUAUAUGCAUUUCUUUCCCUAGGUAAUAUUUUGCAACUCACAUGUACAUUAAUGUUUUUAUUUCAAUGCCAAAGGAAGAUGUAUACUUGUUUUGACAGAAAUCACAAUAAAAGUCCCAUGUUUUUUA